GAGCAACUCUGGAUUAUAACGAGUUCUGCCACUAGACAGCGGCUUUGUGUUUCUGAUUUUCUAACAUCGAUUAGGAACGUCGGUUUGAGUUUUUUUGUAAUUCAGAAACAAUAUUCAUGAUCGGAGGACUAUCAUAACACAACACAACACAACACACGAGAGCACAACAUAACCGAUCCCGGAGACGCACAUUGUGAUAUGAGAUGACGGCUGACUACUUUGACUGUUGGAAGUUGUGUCGCUGUGGGCUACUCAGAACUGAAAGGCCAGUAACAGAAUCCAACACUGAACGAUAGACCUGUCUCUGGAUUUGGUUGUUCUGCUCAGCGGCCUCCUGAUUUUCCAACAGGAUGGCACAUUCGGGGUCACUCUGUGCCUGUUUGUCCUUUCUGAUUGUCCUCAGCACAUGCCAUGUCAUUCCCCGCCUCUCCUUUCCCAUGGGUAGUCCAGGUCGUUCCUUGACUGUCUUCACAAACCCUGACGUUUACAACACCACCACGCUGUUGCUUAGUUCCGAUGAGGGCACAUUAUUUGUCGGAGCACGAGACACCAUUCUCUCAAUAGAUGUCAGUCAGACUGGCACUAUGGCCAUGAAGGAGAAGAUGGACUGGUCGCCCUCAGAAAAAGACCUUGCUGAUUGUUCCAUGAAAGGAAAAAUGAAGAUGGAUUGUUACAACUUUGUGAGGGUUCUGCAAGUGCUCAACUCCACCCAUAUGUACACCUGCGGAACAUUUGCCUUCAGCCCGCGCUGCAUCUACAUCAAUUCAAAGACGUUCUCUAUGGCCACAGGCCCCAGCGGUAAGCACGAAGAAGGCAGAGGUCGUUGCCCUUACGACCCAUACCAGAAGAACACAGCCAUCACUGUAGAUGGAGAGCUGUACACAGGAACAGUAGCUGACUAUAGGGGGAAUCGACCGGUCAUCUCACGACACUUGAGUGAGGGCAGCCAUGUUGAUCUCAAACUGGAUGAUACACUUGGCUGGUUAGAAGAUCCUACAUUCAUCAGCUCCACCUAUAUUCCCAGUGAGGAGAAGGUUUAUUUCUUCUUCAGUGAGACUGGAAGAGAGUACGACUUCAUUGACAAGUUUACUGUGUCUCGUAUUGCCCAAGUUUGCACCAGUGAUGUGGGUGGGCAGCGAACUCUUCAAAAACGCUGGACCACAUUUGCCAAGGCUCAGCUACUGUGUCAAGCCGACCAAGAGCUGCCAUACAAUGUCCUGCAGGAUAUUGUCACCCUUCCACCUCCAGAGGGUGCUUCUGAGGACGAAACGCUAUUCUAUGGAAUUUUCAGUUCUCAGUGGCGGGUAAACAUGGUUCACUCAGUGGUGUGUGCUUUCAGCCUCAGAAGCAUUAAAGAGGUGUUUGCUGGAAACUACAAGGUUUUGAAUCGGGACACCCUGAAAUGGAGCAAAAGGGUGCAGGAGAAAGUGGCAAACCCUGGAGAGUGUGGCCUCCAUAAUGCAUCAGACAACACACUGCGCUUUGUUAAGGAGAACUUCCUAGCUGAUAUAAGUGUUUCGCCAGUCAAUCGGGACCUGUCAAUUGUGUCAUCUGAUCAGAGCUACAGCAACAUCGCAGCUCAGAGAGUGCGGGGAGCCCACGGCAGAGAUUACACUGUGCUUUACCUGCUCACAGAGUCGGGGUACCUGCACAAAGCUGUGGUUUUGGAGAAAGGAGCCCACAUCAUUGAAGAGAUCCAGGUGUUCCAUCAACCUCAGCCAGUGAAAAACCUCCUGCUUUCAAUCUCUAAGGGUGCAGUGUUGAUAGGCUCUUCAGAAGGAGUGACAUCAGUUCCUGUGUCCAACUGCUCAUACUACUGGAGCUGUGCUGAAUGUAUUCUGGCCAGAGACCCCUUCUGCGGCUGGGACCCUGUGAUAAAAGUCUGCACAGACAUAACAAAUCAGAAACAGCUUGCCCAGGAUAUUGAUGGGGGUAAUGUUUCGGAACAGUGUAAAUCUUUGACCCCAAGGUCAAGCUCAGGCCAGGGCCGAUCCUCCUCAGCUGAGGUGGUCUCUGUGUCUCUAAAUGAAGUGGUACACCUGCAGUGUCCCGCAGCGUCACACCUCGCCAAGUGCCACUGGGAGCGUCUGAAUAGCCAGCUCUUGUCCAAAAUCUACAUUCAACUAGACAGUGGCAGCCUCAGUUUCGUGGCAACCCCUUCCACCCUAGGACACUACCUGUGCAAGUCUGUGGAAAACGGCUACACCCAAACCCUAGUUGUCUACCACAUUAAACAGAAAAGCAAUCCCACAAUUCUACCCGUCGCCCCAAGCCGCCCACAGAGCACCCUGACCGCUAGUACAGGCAAUAAAGCCCCGGUCUACACGACCAGGUGGACGACACCCAAACGGACCGAACUGAGUCCUAAAACUGAGGAGCCAGAGUCCACUGUUGCCCACAAAGUUACGCCAGUGGUCACCACACUGAAAAGCAGCUUGUUUGGAUCCGAAGAGAAGAAGCCACGUGUGAGCGAGCCUGGUGGAAACCUCAAGCUCACUGACAAGCACAGCUACUUGCAGGAACUUGUGGUGGUGUCUGUUUUGUUAGCUCUGUGUGUCAGCGUCUUGCUAACUAUCGCCCUCUUCAAGUUAAGGCAACCGUUUCACAGCAGAACGGUCCCACAGCCGCCCUCUUCUCACAGGGAUGCGGAGAGGGGUGGAGCUGCAACACCCCAGGAAAGAGAGGCUCUACAAAGGCAAUCACCACGUGGGGAAAUACGGAAUGGACAAGCACCCAACGGACAAUCACAAAAUGGUCAAACGCCCAAUGGCAAAUCUCCCAUCACACUGAGCAACAGUAUGCUGAAUGGUUCGAAUGGCCAUCUACCCAACACACCCAUCUGAGGACGCAGACUGGUGCUGUUUUGGCCUUUUUUUUAAUCCUGUGUUUAUCCUCUUUUCUGAGCCAUAUUUGGGCUUGUGCUGUGUCUGACCUUGAGCUUUGUUUCUAAACCACUUAGUGGGCAGGAUCACUUUGCCAUUAGAAAGAAAAAAAAAUGCAAAAAGAAAUUGCACAUUGCAACUUUUUACAAACCUUUGGAGCUGUAAGAUUCAAAGAUCCACUCUCUGAGCUUUCUAGAAGUUGGUACAAUGUAUUGUUUUGGUUUGUAAAUAUUUAAGCUGUAAUUUAUGUGACAACUGUUUCUUUCUGUGUAAAAUGUAUCAUAGAUUGUAUACCUCUGUCAAACCACUUUCAGACAAACUCAUGUGAACUGAGCAAUUAAUUACACAAAUUUCAUUUUUUUUUUUAAUUGAGCUCAACAGUUUUAACUUGGUAUUUUAGUCCAAUCAGUUGGUAACAGUCAUAUGCCUGCUACAGGGUAUUGCAGAAGUGAUCCCCCCUUUAUUUCUUUUAGCAGCCCCGGCUUAAAGUUAUAAGUUCAGUUAAAUAAACCUUUAUUACAAUUGUAAUUUUGAUUAACCUAAAUGGUAACGACAUCUUUAGAGAGAUGACAUAACUAAUUUAUUCUGAAACAUCUUUAUCUAACAGGUAACUGAAAUUAUUUCUAAAUUCUAAUCUAAUCUAUGCAGGUGAUUCUUGUGAAACAUGUCAGAGAAAUGUAUUGGUCCUGUUUUACUCUAGAAUCAAAAGAAACAAAUAAAAACAUAUAUUUUGUGUAAAAAAAUAAAUAAAAAAAAGAAGCCUUUUUUGCUUAAAGGGUAUAGUUCACCCAAAAAUGAAAAUUCUCUCAUUAUUUACUCACCCUCAUGCCAUCCCAGAUGUGUAUGACUUUCUUUUCUUCUGCAGAACACAAAUGAAGAUUUUUAGAAGAAUAUUUCAUGGUGGGUCCAUACAAUGCAAGUGAAUGGUGACCAGAACUUUGAAGCUCCAAAAAGCACAUUUAGUCAGCAUAAAAGUAAUCGAUAUGACUCCUGUGGUUAAAUCCAUGUUUUCAGAAGUUGUAUGAUAGGUGUGUUUGUGAGAGACAAAUCAAUAUUUAAGUCCUUUUUUACUGUAAAUUCUCCUCCCUGCCCAGUAGGUGGCAAUAUGCACAAAGAAUGUGAAUCGCCAAAAACAAAAGAAUGUGAAAGUGGAGAUUUUAUAUGAAAGAAAAAGGACUUAAAUAUUGAUCUGUUGAUUACUUUUAUGUGGCAUUUAUGUGCUUUUUGGAGCCUUAAAAGUUUUGGCCGCCAUUCACUUGCAUUGUAUGAACCUACAAGACUGGGAUACUCUUCUAACAACCUUUGUCUUCAGCAGAAGAAAGAAAUUCAUACACAUCUGGGAUGGCACGAGGGUGAGUAUGAGUUUAAAUUUUUGGGUGAACUCUACGUGUGCUGAAAAUGAAGUCACAGCGCAAAAUAUCACAGUGGUCCUAAAUGUAGGCUUAAUUUUCUUAAUGAUGAAUAUAAUUUUUUAUAUUUUUUUCGUGUUAAAUAUAACCAAGACAUUUUCUUGAUACAUUUCGUGAGAAUAACCCAUGCCUUUGUUCCAUGUUCUUGUCUUAUUCCUAAUUUUGAAUGUUAAGAAAUGGCACUAUUGUUUAACUUUUUUCAUUUCAUAGUAUUAACUUUGAUCCAGUGAACAAAUUCAAAGACAAAGUGGUUUAAUUUAAUUGCUGAUAUUUGUUUAGUUUUUUUUUAUAUAAUUAUUGUGUAAAGAGUUGUGCCGGAUCAGGAAUGUAGAAAUACGGGUACUGAUGAUUUAUUAGUGACAUUUUUAUGUUUCUCUAUCAUUUAUAUCUCAAAAUAUAAAAGUAUCUCAACAUAGAAAUAAUACUCAAAAAAAAGUUUUAUUAUGGUAAUUUGGACCUGAUUUAGAGGUAUGUAGCCUAUUGACCACUCAACUACAUGCAAACCACUGCAAACAAUUCUACUGAACCAAUCACUCAUCUGUUUUCCCCAGACUGUGAUGUAAUGCUGAAUAUUAUUGAAAUCCUCAUUCUGUGGAAAUCACUUUUUUUUUUAGUUUUGUAAUCCAAUGAUGGAUAAUGUUGCUAGACUGUUCUUUCUGUGGUUUCAUUUUUAUUUGUUUUAGCUGGAUAAUCAAAGCCCGAUAUGUGAAGCCUGUCAAAGGACUAAAUACAUUGACCUGCACAGUAUUUUAUUUUAUAAGUUUUUUAUUGAAAAUGAACAGGCUUUUUGAAAAUAAAAAAAGGAAGAUGAUUUAAA